GCCUGCGCAGGGCAUGCCGGGAGUCUUGGUGUAACGUUGGCAGCAGCAGGUGAAGCGGAGCAGGGGACGCGGCGAGAGGAGCCUGUGAAGGGAUUCCCGCGGUCUCCAGAAUCCUGCUCUGCCCUGAUAAGGGCAGGCUUUUCCGUGAGAGCUGUAGAAGAUGCUUUUUGGCAGGUUCCAGUCUUUUUCAUCCAUGGUUGUUCUGCAGAUAGUGCGAUUUUGAUGUUCUCAUAAGAGGAUUUCAGUUUGUUGAAAUGAGCAGUCGUAAAUCAAAGAGUAACAACUUAAUACAAGCAGAAUACCUUUCACAGGUACAAAGAAUUUUACGUGAAAGAUUUUGUCAUCAGAGUCCACAUAGUAACCUAUUUGGAGUACAAGUACAAUAUAAACACCUAAUUGAGCUGCUAAAAAGAACUGCUAUUCAUGGAGAAAGUAAUUCUGUUCUCAUUAUUGGACCCCGAGGAUCAGGAAAGACCAUGUUAAUAAACCAUGCUUUGAAAGAACUAAUGGAAGUAGAAGAAAUGAGUGAAAAUGUAUUACAAGUUCACUUAAAUGGACUGCUGCAGAUCAAUGAUAAAAUUGCCUUAAAGGAAAUCACAAGGCAGUUAAAUCUGGAAAAUGUAGUUGGAGAUAAAGUUUUUGGAAGCUUUGCCGAAAACCUUUCAUUUCUUCUGGAAGCUUUAAAAAAAGGUGACCGGACUAGUAGUUGCCCAGUGAUCUUCAUAUUAGAUGAAUUUGAUCUUUUUGCUCAUCAUAAAAACCAAACACUCCUCUAUAAUCUUUUUGACAUUUCUCAGUCUGCACAGACUCCGGUAGCAGUUAUUGGUCUUACAUGUAGAUUGGAUAUUUUGGAACUCUUAGAAAAGAGAGUGAAGUCACGAUUUUCCCACCGGCAGAUACACUUAAUGAAUUCAUUUGGUUUUCCACAGUAUCUUAAAAUAUUUAAAGAACAAUUAUCUCUACCUGCAGUAUUUCCAGGCAAGAUUUUCGCUGAGAAGUGGAAUGAAAAUGUUCAGAGUCUCUCAGAAGAUAGGAGUGUGCGAGACGUGCUGCAGAAGCAUUUCAAUGUCAGCAAAAGCCUGCGGUCAUUACACACGCUACUGAUGCUUGCUUUAAAUCGUGUAACACCAUCACACCCAUUUAUGACUGCAGCAGAUCUGAUGGAGGCAAACCAGCUGUGUAGCAUGGACUCUAAAGCAAAUAUUGUACAUGGUCUGUCAGUCUUGGAAAUCUGUCUUAUCAUAGCAAUGAAACAUUUAAAUGACAUCUAUGAAGAGGAGCCCUUUAAUUUUCAAAUGGUUUAUAAUGAGUUUCAGAAGUUUGUUCAAAGGAAGGCCCAUUCUGUUUAUAAUUUUGAGAAACCUGUUGUCAUGAAGGCCUUUGAACACUUACAACAAUUAGAAUUAAUAAGGCCCAUGGAAAGAACAUCAGUAAAUGCACAGAGGGAGUACCAGCUGAUGAAACUACUUUUGGAUAAUACGCAAAUUAUGAAUGCUUUGCAAAAAUACCCUAACUGUCCUACAGAUGUUAGGCAGUGGGCAACAUCCUCCCUAAGCUGGUUAUGAAUAUAACCAUGGCUUCAGUUGUGAAGUUUCAGGCAUACUUCUCUAAAGAAUGUUGUCCUUUAACAAGAUAUGUUACUACAUUUUCUUAUAUUUAUAAAAAUGUAUUUUUGUAUUUUUGGGAGACUGUUAACACAUGUAGCAUCAUGGCUGCGCCUUGCCUUUGAAUCACGGCACAUGAGCAGUUACAUGAUUUAUAAUUCCAGUAAUUUAGAUUAUGUUGCAGGUAGCUGUUCAAAAAAAUAAAUAUGACUAUUUCAGGGA